AUGCGCGACCUCAGCACCGGUCAUGGUUUCGUUACACCAUCAGAUAUCGAUCACAGGCCUUGGCUAUGGGUAUGCAGCCUGCUGGCGCUGUUAUACAGCCUGUUGUGUCUUGGAGCGCGUUUCGUGGGCAAGUGGGACUUGUUGUGGUGGGAUGACUUGGUCCUGAGCAUUGGCUAUGUCUUCGCAGUGGUGCAUUGGGGAAUCUUGUUCAGCGCGCUGGAUAGCGGGUUGGCGGUCACUGCUUUGGCAUUGACAGCUGAUCAGACUGGACGUGCCUCUGAGCUGUACUUCGCGGCGAGAAUACCAUUGUUUCUGGCUCUUUGCCUUUCGAAGCUCUCGAUUCUCACCUUUACGCGCCGUAUCUUCGCUGGCGAUAUCUACAGGGAAAACAUACUGUUUGGCGUUGCCUAUGCCAUAACCGUACUCUAUGGUUUGCUUGCCAUCCUGCUCAGCUCAGCAGGAUGCAGGCCCCAGUCAGCUCUGGUCGCCAGCGUCGACGCUGUCUGCGAUGCCAAUACUGCACGAUGGACAGUCCUCACCGCGCUCGACGGCCUAACAGAACUCAUCAUCCUCGCAAUGCCAAUCUGGUUCAUCAGCAAAAACGACCUCCAAGCCUCAAAGAAACGCAUCGUGAUCUUCGUCUACGCCUUCCGACUCCUCGUCAUCGGAAUUUCAGUCGCAGUUACCACUACCUACUUCAACUUCCUCAACAACGGCGACGACGACAUCGACAUUGCACCUGUUGUAGCAUGGGAAGAGGUGUUGUUGGCGUUUUCGCUCAUCUCCGCAUCCUUCCCAUGCUUACGAAGCUUCCUGUGGGCUUUCAUGUCGCGAGGCUUGAUGACGAUGUAUGGCAAUACUAUUGCCGAGUCUUCCACCAACCAUUCGCGUAGUGCUAGCGUACAGCUGCGAUCAUUCAACGCUUACAAGUCGAAUACCUCUCGUACUGGGUCAGAGACUGGGGAUUCGAGAUUCAGGUUACGGCCUGAGCAAGUUCAGUAUCAAGUCAACGUAAUCGGCGAACCCCGAAGAAACCCCCAACCAAGCGGCAUCGACACCAGAAGUCGACGAUCAGAAAGCGAUGGAAGUAAUCAAAUGGUGAUACAUCAUCAGACAUCCUACCGUGUCGAGAACGUUAGCGUCGUAUGA